AUGGCCGGCUCACAGUUGAAGAGGCUUAAGGCCUCCCUGAAGGACCAAGGAAUUAUCGGUCCCCAGAAAUCCAAGAAGCAGAAGCGCCAAAAUGCCCAAGAUGCCAAGGCGUCCAACGAGAAGCGCAUCCAGCGACAUGAGGCCCUGGCCAGCAUCCGCGAGCAGUUCAACCCCUUCCAGUUCAAGACGAAUGCCAGAGGCCCCAAGUUUGAGGUUACCACCAACAAGCCCGUCAGCAGCAGGGAGGCUAUGGGUAUCAGCGGUCGACCCGGGUUGACCAAGGCGAAAGGCGAGGAGAGACGGCGUGAGACUAUCCUUGUUGAGAUGCAGCGGAGGAACAAGGUCGGCGGUCUGAUCGAUAGACGUUUCGGUGAAGACGAUCCCAACAUGUCGCUCGAGGACAAGAUGAUCGAAAGAUAUACCCGCGAACAGCAACGGUCUCACAAGAAGCACUCUGCGUUCGACUUGGAAGACGAUGAGGAAAUGGGAGGACUUACUCACAUGGGCAAGCCGCUUUUCGACAAUGAUGACGCUCCGAAGUAUCUUAAAGACGACUUUGAGGAGGAUGUUGGUUCAGGCGAUGAAUCCGAAAGUUCGCAGACCGAUAGGCGUGCACUGAAGAGGCAGCGUCUAGAGGGAGCUCUCGAGGCCAUGGGCGAACAGGAGGAAGGGCAACCAGAAAGAAAGAAAACCAAGAAGGAAAUUUACGAGGAAAUUAUCGCCAAGUCCAAGCUUCACAAAGAGUUGCGACAGGAGGCUAAAGAGGAGGAUAACGAGCUCAGAGCUGAAAUCGAUGAGGCCAUGAGGGAUCUGCGACCACUACUCUUCGACAGAAUAAAGCCACCUGCCAAAAGUGACAAGCCCACUCUUGUGAUUGCUGGAAAGGAUCAAGCUACCCUUGACAGGGAGUACGAUAUCCAGGUGAAGCGGAUGGCGUCCGACAAGCGCGCGGCGCCUACUGAUAAGAUGAAGACGGAAGAAGAGAAGGCAGCAGAGGAAGCGAACAGGCUAAAGAAGCUCGAGGAGGACCGCCUGAAGCGUAUGCGCGGAGAGAAGGUCUCAGAUGACGAACAGGAGAGCGAUGACGAGAACAAGCAGGGCGGAGAUGACGAUUUCGAUGCCAUGGAUGUUGAGGACGCGGAUGAGUUUGGGCUCGGGCAGGGAAUUGCUGGAAAGGCCAAAAAAUACCGACCGACCGCGACCGAGCUGGGAUUCGACGACGAGGACGAUUUCCUCAUUGAUGAUGAUUUGGUCGCCAGCGGUUCAGAGUUGGAGUUCGACAGUGGUGACGAGGGUGAAGAGAGCGAUGAGGACGAGGAGUCAGGUUCCGACUCUGGCUCUGAGGAAGAAGACAGCGACGAUGACGAGUUCACCAAGGGGUUAUUAACAGAAUCCGAGGUGAAGCAAGGCAUCUUUCGGUUACCCACCAACAACACCAAAGGCUCCGAUGAGAAUGGUGUCCCAUACACCUUCCCCUGUCCCCAGAACCACGACGAGCUCCUCGAGAUCUUCAAGGGCAUCGACGUGAAACAGCUCCCGGUCGCCACCCAACGCAUCAGAGCCCUCCACCACCCAAAACUCGCCAGCGACAACAAGGAGCGCCUCGGUAACUUUGCACAGGCACUCGUUCGUCACGUCAACUACCUCGGAAACCAGUACCAGCCUACCUGGGCCGCGGCUCUGGAAGGCCUGACAAGACACAUCCACUCCCUAGCCAAGAGCUUCCCCAUCGAAGUCGCCAAGGGCUAUCGUUCUAUCAUCCAAGAGAUGGAGCAGUCCCGCCCUCUGGCCCUCACAGUCGGCGACCUGAUCACUCUCACCGGAGCAGGCACCACCUUCCCUACGUCGGACCACUUCCACCAGGUUGUCACCCCAGCCAUGAUCGUCAUCGCGAGGUAUCUCGGCCAAAAGAUCCCGCAGUCCCUCUCCGAUUACGCCACCGGCACGUUCCUGGCCAUCCUUGCCCUCCAAUAUCAGCAAUUCUCCAAGCGCUACGUACCAGAGGUUAUGAACUUCACCCUCAACACCCUCUGCGCCUUGGCCCCCUCAGCCAGGGCCUUUACCCCCAACACAAUCGGGUUCUUUCCCAUCCACGACCCCCCCGCUGGAACUCGCCUUCCUACAUCCCUUCCCGCCGACGCCUCCGCAGCAAGAAAACUCGCCUUUUCCGAUUGCCUCCCUUCUAACCAACCCUCCUUGGAGCUCAAACUAUCCCUCUUCACCACCACCCUCUCCCUCCUCACCAGCGCCUCCACCCUCUGGUCCCAAACCUCCUCCUUUACCGAAACCUUCUCCCCCGCCCUUCCCAUCCUCUCCUCCAUUCCCAAAUCUCUUUCUCCUGCCAUCCAGUCCCUCCAGCAGCACCUCACCCGUCUGUUGCAGAUCUCCCGCCUCUCCCGCCGCCCACUAGAACUGCACCACCACCGUCCCCUGGCGAUAAGGACCUACAUCCCCAAGUUUGAAGAUUCGUUUGACCCGAAUAAGCACUACGAUCCUGAUCGUGAGAGGGCGGAGCUGGCCAAGUUGAAGAAGGAGCACAAGCGGGAGAGGAAGGGUGCGCUGAGGGAGCUGAGGAAGGACAAUGCUUUUAUGGCGAGGGAGAACUUACGGGUGAAGAAGGAGAAGGACGCGGCGUACGAGAAGAAGUAUAAGAGGUUGGUGGCGGAGAUUCAGGGGACCGAGGGGCAGGCGGCAAAUGCGUAUGAGAGGGAGAAGGCUCUCAGGAAGAAGAAGAGGUAG